UUCCUGUGCUAUGGCUGCCAACAGACCGGCUUGCGCUGCCUGCCUGGCUUGGGCCUAGCAAAGCUUUCCCAAAAUGCUUUUGGGGAAGGCAGAGAAAUCCUGGAUCCAUUGGCGGCCCCCUUGCAGGUGGGUCGUGGGCAGCAGCUUUGCCUGCUAACAGGGAGAGAGUCCGGGCUCAGUCAAGAGGCCACAGGCGUAGCCAGUUGUGCCCCAAGCGUGCUCGGAGGCAAGCCAGGAUAUCUGGUGCAGAGACCAUGUGACCAGCCCACCCUUGUUGCUGCUAGCCCACCGGUCGGGCGGCAUCAAGGGAAGAUGUUUCUAAUUGGGGGGUUGGACUUAGGAAAUAAUAAAAGGGAGCGAUCCUGAGGUAGUUAGCUUGCUCACCUCUGAAUGUGAUGCUGGAUUUGCGCAGCAGCUUCUUGAAUGCCAAACGGGUAAAUCAGAAUGGAAACCCCUCUACCCGCUGUUUGUUGGAAACAGGCACGUGGGUCCUGCAGCCUCUGCCACUGUUGGAAGGCUAGAUGCCCAAGAGGUUCCCUGGGGCACGACAUCUAUUCACGGUCAUUUCUCCUCCUGCUUCCCAUUUCUGCACCCCAAGAUUCUCCCCAGAGGCGGAUGUGGAGAGACUUUCAGAUGCCUGGAAUCGCCAACUAUACCACAAUGAUGCUGAGCCCAGAUGGCCGGGUCUUGUACGUUGGUGCCCGCGAGAUGCUUCUUGCUCUGAACACCAGCUCCUUCUCUCCUGGGCCCCAGCACCAGCAGCUGACCUGGCACGCCGAGGAGGAAAAGAAACAGCAGUGCAUCUUCAAGGGCAAGGACCCUCAGAGAGACUGCCACAACUACAUCAAGGUCCUGCUGCAGCUGAACGAGACCCACCUGUACACCUGUGGGACCAGUGCCUUCAGCCCCACCUGCACCUACAUUAGCCUGCCAGCCUUCCAGCUGCAGCGAGACCCUUCCGGGCAGCUCUUGCUGGAGGACGGGAAGGGACGCUGCCCCUUUGACCCGGAGUACAGAUCUACAGCCAUCACAGUUGAUGGUGAACUGUAUACGGGCACCGUCAGCAAGUUUCAAGGCAACGAGCCCACCAUCUUUCGUAGCCUUGGCAGCCGCCCGCCCAUCAAGACAGAAAGCUCCCUCAACUGGAUGCAAGAGCCGUUCUUUGUGGGCUCAGCCUUCCUGCGGGAGAGCAGCGCCCAGGAGGAUGAAGAUGGCAAGAUCUACUUCUUCUUCAGUGAAACCGGCAAGGAAUUUGACUUCUUUGAAGACACUGUUGUGUCCCGUGUUGCACGUGUGUGCAAGGGUGACCUGGGCGGAGAGCGUGUGCUCCAGCGACGAUGGACAACCUUCCUGAAGGCUCAGCUGCUAUGUUCCCACCCAGAGGACGGCUUCCCCUUCAACGUGCUUCAGGACAUGUUUGUGUUGACGUCAGGCGAUGGCUGGCCAGAGACGGUCUUCUAUGGGGUCUUUACCUCUCAGUGGGAUAGGAAAGGCCCUGGGGCUGCAGCGGUGUGUGCCUUCCCCAUCUCUGAUGUGAAGGAAGCCUUUGAUGGGCUCUACAAAGAGGUCAACCGGGAGACACAACAGUGGUACACAGACGUCCAUCCUGUGCCAGAACCCCGCCCCGGAACAUGCAUCAACCACAAGACCCGGCAGAUGAAAAUCACCUCUUCACUCCAGAUGCCGGACCGGGUCCUGAACUACCUCAAGGACCACUUCCUAAUGAACAGGGCGGUGCGGAGCCAGGCCCUCCUCGUGCAGUCCCGGUCCCGCUACCAGCAGCUCAGUGUGCAGCGUGUGCAGAGUCUGUGGCAAACCUACGAUGUCUUGUUUCUGGGCACAGAUGAUGGCCGCCUGCAUAAGGCAGUGAUCACGGGACGAGGAGUGAGGAUCAUUGAGGAAAUCCAGCUCUUCCCUGCGAAGCAACCUGUCCUGGAGCUGCUGCUGGACUCUACCCAGGGCCUGGUUUAUGCUGCCUCGUAUGAUGCUCUGGCACAGGUGCCCGUUGCCAACUGCAGCCUGUACCGGAGCUGUGGAGAGUGUGUCCUGGCCGGAGACCCUUACUGUGCCUGGAGUGGAGGGGCCUGUCAGCUGCUCAUCCCAGGCCUUUGGCCGCUCCAGCCAGUGACCUGGGUCCAGGACAUUGAAGGGGCUGAGACAAGCCAGCUUUGCCAGAGCAGCAGCGUGGAACUCAGCCGUUCAGCAGAAGAGCAACCCGAAUGUCAGCAGGUGGUGCUCCAGCCCAACGCUGUGACGCUGUUGCCCUGCCCAGUGCUGUCCAACCUGGCUUCCCGGCGCUGGGUGCACAACGGGGCUGCCCUCGGCUCCCUGGAGCUGCCCAAGGGAGAGCUGCUGCUGGUGGGGAGCCCAGCCGAGGGGGGUCGCUACGAAUGCUGGUCUCAGGAAGGUAGCUUCCAGCAGUUGAUGGCCAGCUACUGUGUGAAUGUGGAGCCAGGACUCUGGGCCAAGCGGGUGCCUCCCCAAGACCCCCUGAAGACCCUCAGCACCUCCAGGAGCAUCUCAGGAGAGAACAUCUCAUUGCUGUUAGAGAGCAGGACCUACAGGACCGAGUUCCUUGUGAUGUGUGUGCUCUUCAGCAUUGCCGUGAUGCUGCUGAUCCUUUUCACGCUGCACAAGCAUCAGGUCAGCCUGAAGGCCUGCCUCAAGCAGGGCCGAUGCAGAUGGUCCCAUCCCAGGACCUCGCCGGACAGAGAGGCCCUGCCCACGGAGAAUAUGCCUCCACUCAGUGGCCUGAACGUGUCUGGUCCUCUGGCAGACCACAAGGGCUACCAGGCUCUGUGCGAGAGUCUCAUGGUGAGCACACCUGGGCACGAGUCCUUAACCUGCCCACGCGUGGCUUUUCUGGAGUCUGAUCAGCGGCCACUUAAUAUAUCCAAGACUUUUGUGGAGGUGUUGGGUCCUGUCCAGCGUCCUCGGGUUCGCCUUGGCUCUGAGAUCCAGGACUCAGUUGUAUGACCUUCCCCAAGAGGCGCCGUUCUGUGGGCUUGAAAGGAGCAGGGCGCAGUCUUCCGGUGUCAUCGUACUCUGGCAGAGGAACAGGCAGAAGGGCAGCCCCACUCGGUUGGGGACCAGGGCCAGGCCCUCGGGGUUCCUGCAUGGCAGUUGGCAGUAAUGUCACAUAGCCUUGAGGGCCAGCCUCAUGUUCUAGGCUGCGCUUCAGCUCAAGCGGCCCAGUCCUUACAAAUACUGCCAGGAUGGGACGGAAUGGGACAACUCGCCCAUGGGUUUCUUCAGUGUCUGCGGGCACCUGGCUCCCGUUUCUUUGGCCUGUGUGGGAGGGGCUGUUGCUGGGAAGGUAACUUGUGUAUCAAAGUUCCUCCUGGAAAUCACCUGUGAAAGGAGAUGCUCUGGUUGAGCAUCCUGUCUUCCUGAAGAAAGAUAUGUUGAUCUGACUUCUAAUGAACUGUGCAGUAGGUAGAAAAAUGGUGGACCGUUUAGUGUCAGAAAAACUCCUGUGUGAUUUGUGUGUAAAACAGAGACCUGGUCCAGAGGAAGGGAGUGGUUAAUAGGCGAUAUCCACUGAUGAGCAGAAAGUAUCGGGGAGCACCCUUCAGGGCUGGCUGAAGGUCUCUGCUCAGGGCCAUACAUACAACAGAAUAAUUGCCCCAUUACUAAAUGUCUGGGCUGGCCUAAAGAGGGGGGAAGCCAUUUUCUUGCAGCAGAUCUCUUCGCUGGUAACAAUCCCCUUUCGCCUGUACCACCAACUGGUGCAGCUGCUUUGGGAAGAGGCCAAGUCCUCACCCACCCCAGGUGUUAAACCCUGGAAGGCCCAAGUCCUGCCCAAGAGGACCGCCAGGAUUCCUGCAGGGAAAGUUCCUUGCAUCGUCGGAAGCAAAGAUCUUCGUGGGAUGCUUUGGGCUCCCAAAGGAAAGUGGGCUUGGCAGCUGCUACAGCUAUUUAACGACGACUGGGUGGGGCUCCCACAGUCCUUCUCCUUCCCACCUACAUGAGAGCGUUGGUUGGAGUGAAGUGUGUCAAAGACUGGGAAGACGGCAAAAUUGUUUUUCUGUUCUUCACUCCUUCAGAGGCUUAAUUGAGCACCCUCUGCUGUGCUGGGAGCAAUACAGAUGAGCUUGUUCUUUGGAAGGUGAAAUAAAGAUGGAGGAACAUGA